CCAACUCUCUUACAUUCAAAGGGGAGGGGGGAGAGGGGAGCUCAAACGCACGUAGAGUCCGACAUGUCCCGUGGAGAAAACCACUACUGAGAAGCGAUCUCCUUCUGGAAGGGUUUUGACGAUCUAUUCCAUAUCAACCCUGAAUAAUUCAAAGAUAUCUCCUACAAUGGAAAAUAGCAGAGAAACAGCUGCAAUGAGAGAGAAAGAAAGGAGGGAUCGACAAAUAGAUCGAUGGUGUUACACAAUUGAUGAUACUCCAGCCUUGGAGAACACAGACAGUGACAUCGGCUUGUGUGGAUGGAUCCUGGUGAUUUUCUCCAUUCUGCUCACGUUGCUGACCCUGCCUCUUUCCAUAUGGAUGUGCAUUAAGAUAGUGAAGGAAUAUGAAAGGGCAAUAAUCUUUCGCCUUGGACGCAUUUUACGAGGAGGAGCCAAAGGACCAGGUCUUUUCUUCAUCUUGCCGUGCACUGACAGCUUUAUCAAUGUGGAUAUGCGCACCAUCACUUUUGAUAUCCCCCCUCAGGAGGUUCUGACAAAGGACUCAGUGACAGUGAGUGUAGAUGGUGUAGUCUACUACCGUGUUCAAAACGCAACACUGGCAGUGGCCAACAUCACCAACGCUGAUGCGGCCACUCGUCUGUUGGCACAGACCACCCUGAGGAAUGUGCUGGGUACAAAAAACCUGGCAGAGAUCCUGUCUGACCGUGAAGAAAUCGCCCAUAGUAUGCAGUCCACGCUAGAUGAUGCCACAGAUGACUGGGGUAUUAAAGUGGAACGUGUGGAGAUUAAGGAUGUGAAACUGCCCCAGCAGCUCCAGAGGGCCAUGGCUGCCGAAGCUGAAGCAUCCAGAGAGGCUAGAGCGAAGGUGAUAGCCGCAGAGGGAGAAAUGAAUGCGUCACGGGCACUGAAGGAGGCAUCUCUGGUGAUCGCAGAGUCUCCCUCAGCUUUGCAGCUGCGCUACCUUCAAACCCUCAACACCAUCGCAGCCGAGAAGAACUCCACCAUCAUUUUCCCUCUGCCCAUUGACAUGAUGCAGUCCUUCCUGAAGCACUGAACUAAGAGCCACAUAAAGCCAGCUACGCACACAAACAGAUGCAUCCAUGCAGAAAUGAACAGACUGGCCUUACAUAAUAUCCACUCAUGUGAGUAAAAUGGGCAGCGGGAUCGUGAAGUCUGAGACCACAUUGAAAAGCUAUUAAAAGCUAUUAGUAAGCGAUUUCUGAGAAACACUGUUGAUAUCAAACCAAACAUUUUUUUCAUUGCCCCACCCCUAAAAUGCACGAACACGCAAUACAAAAGUGGAUGUUUCUUAGCUGAAGCAAAAUAAUGCUUCUUGAAAAAUAAAUUGAAUAUGAAAAAGAAGAACAAACACUGAACAUAAUUAUAUAUUACUCAAGACAAGUCCAUUGUUAGUCACCACCAGCUCCAGACAAACUGACACUCAAAACUGUUACAACAAAAGCAUAUCUUGGUUCUGUGAAACCUACCAAAACCAAUGUUACUCAUGUUACACAAUGCAGCCUCUGCGUCCAUAAAGCUUUAUUCUUCCAGUGAUAUUCCUCUGACCUUGUCUCUUUUGCCAUCUCAGCCAUUUCUCUUUCCACAGUCUUUCUUCAAAACUCCCUCUGGCUCUCUCUCCUCUCCCAUCAUGAGUCGACACGCCCCCUACUGCUGAUUGGCUAUAAGUUGUGGCGCUCAGUCCCAUCCACUUUCAGUAGUUUCUCAGAACUCUCUUGGUGCACCCUUUAAAGCCCUGAACAUUUUAGGAUUUUGGAAAACCCCAAAACUAAUAAAAAAGUAUUAUUAAAUAGAAGAAAAACUUUUUUGGUCAGUAAUCAAAUGUGCAAAUUGGUACACAUGUGACUGUCAGUUGUUCAACAUGGCUUUGGAUGUUUUGGAUCAGACUUUUGGACCCCACUGUGCAUAUGCCACAUACACACUCACAGCUGUUUUUUGAUGUAUGAUCUGUAGAUGUUCCUUGUAAAAAACUUGAUCUGAAGGAAAUCUGAUACAGCUAAAGAAUAUGAAAUUCUAAAAAUAUUUAUUAAAUAAUAAACUAAUUUCAAAUAAUUUAUGCCCCUCAACAAAAACAAAAAAUGUUUUUUUUUCAUACCAAAAAAUGUGGUUGUUACAGUGAUACAGAGGCCAGAGCUGUCUGAUCUUUUAGACAUUGAUUAUUGCAGUGUGUGGUUUGGUUUUUUCGGUUGAUAGUUUAUGGAACAUCUCCUGGUCAUAUGGGUGCAUGUGCUUGUGUUUCAAGCAUGUGUAACUAACCUGCUUGGUUGCCAAAUGGAAAACAAACCUUCUAUAGGGAUAUUUGGAUAGUAUCAGAUGACAGCGAUGCUUAUUGUGCCUAAACCAGUUUCUCCUCGCUUUCUCAAACCUUUAUUAUCGCUGACUUUUUAAUGUAUAAAAGCCUUAAGCCAUAUCCAUUUCAAUUACUGAAUCAAUAUUGACAGGUUUACAUGAUGUUGGUUGAUUAGAGAUUUUCACAUUAAUAUUUUAUCACUAGAUUUUAAAAAUCUUUUAUCUGUCAGACAUUUUCAUGCAUGUAAUAUCAUAUUUUUUUAUAAUGUCGGUCUGCAGCUGAAAACAAAUUAAGGCUAUAGAGUUCAAUGUUUGUGUUCGUAAUUAGCAUUUGCUGCUUCAAAUAUCAGAGGAUGGAAUUUCUCAAAUAUUUGUAUUUUCAUUCUGUAUCAGUCACAAGUCUAUAUAUAUCUUUGUUCUGUCUUUAAACUCAUAUAUAUUGAAUACCACAUGUUGUUAUUACCAGCUCACUUUUAUGUGCAUUUUAAUAUUGAAUGUUUUUGUUUGCACUGUUUUUGUGCACAUCAUAUAUUUUUCAUGUGUGAUUGUCCCCUUCUCUUAGGGUCAUCUUUCUCAUGACUUUAAAGUACAUAAACUCUUUACUUUUAAACAAA